CAAAUAAUCGAAGAUGACAGCCCAACGCCAGGCUUCGUCAGCCGCUCAAACCCCUCACCUCUCCGCCGCCGAGCUUUCUUACCUCUACACCUCUCUCUCCCUCCCCAACAACCCUAUCCGCCCUGACGGCCGCUCACCAACACAAUUCCGUCCUCUGACCGCUGAAUGCGACAUUUUGCCCGGCACAAAUGGCAGUGCGCGCAUCGGUUUCGCGGACGGAACACAGGCUAUUGUCGGUGUGAAAGCUGAGGUUGAGAAGACAACUUUGACAGCUGAUACCCUUGACGCACGGUCUCUGUCGCUGCAGAGUGAUCUCGGACCAAGUGGGGAUGGGCGCGAGGGAACGGAGGGAUCUUCGGCUGCGACUGGUGGACACGGCUCAUGGGUGCAGAUGAGCAUUGAGAUCCCGGGUUUUAGGGACGAUGAUGCGUUGCCUGUUUUCCUUGCUGAGAUGAUGCGAGAGAGUCUUGUCGGUUCUGUUGGUGGAAAAGAUGGAGAUAGUAUUGAGAGGGGAAUGGCGGGUGGUUUGAAGGGGAGAUUGGUUAUUAAUAAACGGUGGCAUUGGAGGUUGUAUAUUGAUGUCCUUCUCCUUUCGCAGCCAUUGUCAUACCCACUUCCUCUCCUCUCCCUCACGACUCACCUCGCACUCUUAUCUACCAAGCUUCCGAAACUCAAGUCCCAGGGUGAAGAGGAUCCUUUCUUCGACGAUGACUGGGCUGUUGCAGAGUACCUGUACCCGCGUACAUCAGCGGGUCCGAAAUCCAACCCAUCACAACAAGUUCGUCCUCCGGUCACAUUGCUUGUGAUCUCAGUAGGCGACAAUGUUAUCUUCGAUCCCAACCGCGAAGAAAUUGCCGUCGCGGAUGCUGUGCUAGCUAUCUCUGUUACACGCGAUACAGAAAGCCAGGGCUUGAAACUGCUUACCAUUCGGACGAUUGAUCCCCCGUCUAGACUUACUCAGCCCGGAGUACCUAAUUCCGAGAAUGUGAAUAUGCUUGGUGCGACCGCCCCGGGCGAGAGUGCGGCCGUUCUGAACCCCGCGACUGGGGAAGAGGAGAUCCCUGGUGUUUGGCGCCCGAGAAGAGGCGGUGUCAAGCGCAGUGUGAUUGCUGGUAUGGUCAAGACUGUGUUGAAGAAGGGUGGUGUUGGCGAGGAAGUCCUUGCGGGAUUGGAGGGUGUUCAGGUUGGUUGA